AUGGCAAGUCACAGAGACCCUCGCUUUCUGCACAACCUGUCCUACCAUCCCCGAUGGCAGCAUGACUCAAUAAAAAUAAAGAGGAAAAGACACAUGCGGACAGUAGCUGCAAACAGUUGCAGUGAGUAUAGUUUAUUUGAAUCAUUAUCAUCAUCAUCAUCAAGGUCAUUAUCAUCAAAACUAAAGCAGCCAUCAUCCCCUGUGCAAUCCUCCAAGAGCUGGUGGAGGAACUGGCUUCUUCUGCCCUUUUUCAUGCUUUCAUUUCUGCCCUGUCAAGCCUGGGCAACCACUUUCAAAGUGGCACUGGUUGGACCCUGGACUUGUGACCUCUUAUAUUCCAAAGCCUUGCCUGACUUGGCAGCCCGUCUUGCCACCAGCCGCAUCAAUAAGGACCCCUACCUCAACAAAGGCUACUGGUAUGACUACACGUUGAUCAAUGAGGAUUGCAAGUCAUCCCGUGCCCUUGCUCGCUUUGCUGGACUGGAUGGCUAUGGUGCUGCUUUCCUGGGCCCAGCCAAUCCAGGCUACUGCUCCUCAGCUGCUUUGUAUGCAAAAGAGUGGGACCUGGGGAUUGCAUCCUGGGGUUGCCUCAAACCAGACAUGGAAAAUGGAGACACAUAUCCCACCUUCCUGCGCCCGCUGCCACUCUCGUCCAAUGUACUUUUCUCUGUGUUGCGCUUCUUUCAUUGGGCCCAUGUGGCUAUAAUAUCAGAGGAGACAGAUUUGUGGGAAGCCACUGGACAGCAGCUGGCCUCGUCACUGAGGGCCCUUGGUCUGCCGAUCAAUCCUGUGGUCACCAUGGAGGGCGAUAAGGAUGGGCCUCGGAGGGCCUUGACAAAAGUGCGGGAAGCUGACCGGGUCAGAGUGAUCAUUAUGUGCAUGCCCUCUGUCCUAAUUGGUGGCCAAGCCCAGUACCAACUUCUGACCACAGCCUUGGCCAUGCGUAUGAUCGACCGUGGCUAUGUGUUCAUCCCCUAUGACACCCUGCUCUACGCACUACCCUACACCAAUGCGUCCUACUAUUUGCUAGGCAAUGACACAAAACUACGGAAAGCCUAUGAUGGGGUUCUCACCAUCACUAUGGACUCGGGAGAACGCAAUUUCCAUGAGGCCUUCAAACAUGCCCAGAACAGCUAUGAAAUCCGCAGCAGCACCCCACCAGAGCAGGUUUCCCCAUUCUUUGGUACCAUCUACAACAUGAUGUACUACAUAGCUAUGGCUGUUGAGCAGGUCCGCGCCAAAAAAGGCCGCUGGGUGACAGGUGAGAUCCUGGGCGAAAGCGAGGGCGGCUUUGAAUAUGCAGGCUUCAAUCAGCCCUUGUGGGCUGGUAGGAAUGGUGAAGGCAUGCAGGCCCGCUAUGUAGUGCUGGACUAUAGUGGCAUAGGCAACACUCUCUACUCCACCCACGCUCUGGAAGCUCAAAAUACAGAUGGCAAGACCGGGAGUUUGAAAUACCUUGGACGGUCAAUCCAUUUUGCAGGAAGUACGCCCUACAGAGACUCAGGUUGCUGGUUUAGUCCAUAUUUUGCCUGCACUGGAGGACUGGAUUCAGUCACUCACUUCUUCCUUUUUCUGGGGUUCGUUUUUUUGUUUGGAUGUGGAAUAAUCUUCUUUCUUCAAUUCAAAAAAACCGGCAGAGUUGGGUUCAGCUUCGGGGGUGUUGGAGGUGGUGGUGGAUCAACAAAGGUAGUCCUGACCCUGGAUGACCUGGUCUUCAUCAACACUCAAGUCAGCAAACGGAAGCUCAAUGACGAAAGCAUUAUGAAAAGCCAGCUGGAUAUGAAGACGCCUCAACACUCUGUGUCUGGUCGAAGCUACUUGGCCUCCACACCAGACAGCUCGAAUGUUGCUGUGUUUGAGGGUGACUGGGUUUGGUUGAAGAAAACCCCCAGUGGAGUAUCAAGUGUCAACAGCAGCACUGAAUUUGUCUUUGUCAAGCUCAGAGACAUGAGGCAUGAAAACCUCAAUCUGUUCCUGGGACUGUUCUACGAUUCUGGGAUCUUUGGCAUUGUGACAGAACAUUGCUCCAGGGGCAGCUUGGAGAACUUGCUCAGCAAUGAGGAAGUGCGUCUUGACUGGAUGUUCAAGUCUUCCCUGUUAAUGGAUCUGAUCCGGGGGAUGAAGUACCUGCACAACCGUGGCAUUGUGCAUGGACGGCUCAAAUCCCGCAACUGUGUGGUAGACGGGCGCUUUGUGUUGAAGGUGACAGAUUAUGGGUUCAAUGAAAUUUUGACUUCCCAAAGCAUGGACACUGAUGAUGACAAGCCAGAGAAUCUGCUCUGGACGGCUCCUGAGUUGCUGCGAAGCUCUAGUUUGAGAAAAAAGGGCACUUUCCCGGGAGAUGUCUACAGCUUCUCCAUUAUUGCACAAGAGAUCAUUUCCCGCUCUGCACCUUUCUGCAUGCUGGACAUGCCUCCCAAGGAAAUUAUCAGCAAAGUGAAAGAGCCUCCUCCUUUGUGCCGGCCUGUCGUGUCACUGGAAGAGGCUCCGGUGGAAGUGAUACAGGUUAUGAAACAGGCCUGGAGUGAAGAGCCAGGGAAGAGGCUGACCUUUGAGGAGAUCUUCAAACAGUUCAAGGGCAUCAACAAGGGAAAGAAAACCAACAUAAUCGACUCCAUGCUGCGCAUGUUGGAGCAGUACUCCUCUAAUUUGGAGGAUCUGAUUAGAGAGAGGACGGAGGAGCUGGAGGUGGAGAGACAGAAGACUGACACUCUGGUGGCUCAGAUGUUGCCCAGGUCUGUGGCCCAGGCGCUGAAGACAGGGAAGCCUGUGAAACCCGAGCAUUUCAGCGAAGUCACCCUGUACUUCAGUGACAUUGUGGGCUUCACCACAAUCUCAGCUCUUAGCGAGCCCAUCGAGGUGGUCGACUUACUCAAUGACCUCUACUCACUCUUUGAUGCUAUCAUUGGGUUGCACGAUGUGUACAAGGUUGAAACUAUCGGGGAUGCUUACAUGGUAGCUUCAGGAGUUCCCAACAGGAACGGCAACCGUCAUGCAGCUGAGAUGGCUAACAUGUCUCUUGACAUCCUCCAUUGCAUUGGGACCUUCAGGAUGAGGCAUAUGCCUGACAUAAAAGUCAGGAUACGUAUUGGCCUGCACUCUGGCCCAGUUGUAGCAGGAGUAGUGGGCCUUACAAUGCCUCGGUACUGUCUGUUUGGAGACACAGUGAACACAGCAUCUCGCAUGGAGUCCACAUCAUUGAUUUACAGAAUCCAUGUCAACGGGAGAACAGUUGAAAUCCUCAAAAGCUUGGAAAUGGGAUACAAAAUUGACUGCAGAGGUCUGACAGAGCUAAAGGGAAAAGGGGUUGAAAACACGUUCUGGUUGGUUGGGAAGGAGGAUUUCACCAAACCUCUGCCCAUUCCACCAGACACUCUAGGGGGAACCAAUCAUGGUAUUGGUGUAGAUGAGAUACCGGUGGACAGAAGACAAAAAUUCCUGGAACGACAGAAGAAGAUGGGCUAG